GUCUGGCGAUUCUGCGAACGCCGUCGCGAUGUGGAAAACGUAAUGGUAGAAAAGCAAUCCCAGACAGAGUUGUGCAUAGGAUAGAGAAAAGAAGGAUUUCAAUUCAACGACCAGUUUUGCCGUCAUAUUCUCGAACCACACAUCGCCAGCAAGAUCGUUCUUUUCUUGAAGUGUAAAGUGCAGACGAAGGCUGCACCUGGAAGCGAGGAAAGUCGAUCGCGUGUCUUCGUUUCGCGACGUCCUCUGGCGAGAGGCGAAAGAGCGUAAAAGAGAGCAAUAAGUCUGAAAAUCGCCAACACCACCACCACCGGCGCGUGAAACAUUUCCCAGCUGGGGUCGCUGGUUGCGGACCAUUUUUGGUCUUCCCAGCAUCAUCAUCAUCAUCGCCAUCGACAGGAUUGUUCGCAUCGCAGUGGGCGAAAACUCGUGACGGAACACAGCAGCAGCAGCAGCAACAGCAGCAGCAAAUCUUCAAUCAAUAGUACACAGUUGGCGCUGAGCAGACAUCAUGGCGUGUGCUACAUUAAAACGCUCGCUAGACUGGGAAAGCUUAAACCAGCGCCCAACCAAGCGGCGAAGGUGUCACCCGUUCGGCAGCCCGAGCCAGCAGAGUGCGUCCAUGGCAGCUUCCGCCUCGGUUAUGUCGCCGUCGUCCAGCUCCGCCACAUCGGCCGUUUCGUCCGCAGCAGCGGCCGCGGCCGCCUCGAUGCGCGUCAUGGAACCGAAGCCGUCGCCUUUCGCUGAAGCCACCUGUUCCAAGCUGACACCGGAAAAAAUGGCACAAAAUAUCACCGAAGAAAUCAAAAGACUGCACCGCAGGAAGCAACUGAACUUUAACAGCCAUACCGUCGAGCGCAUGCAGGAUUCCGAAUCGAGCGGCUCCGAAAUGGGUCCAGACAGCCCCCGCCGGCCUGAUAGCCCCCCGAGCAUGGUGAAAAAUCCCGAGAAAGCUCUUUUCACAUUCAAACAGGUUCAAAUGAUAUGCGAGCGUAUGCUGAAAGAACGAGAGGAUGCCUUGAGGGAACAAUACGAUGCCGUGCUGACCACAAAACUAGCCGAACAAUAUGAUGCAUUUGUGAAGUUCACUUACGACCAAAUACAGAGACGUUACGAAGCAGCGCCAAGUUACCUCUCCUAAUCAGGGAAUCUUACAUCAAGUUGAGAGGGUAGGCAGACAGCAACACGUAAAUAAAGCGGAAACAAUGGAGUGAUGGAUACGAAAUCUUGAAUAAUAAUAUAGCAAAACAUUAAGAAACUACGCAAAACGAUGAACGGAGGAUUGAAGGAAGUAAAUGUGUGACAAACCAUUAGCCCGGCUACCAUCAGCAGCUACGCGAAAGGACAUCAGCAUCGACCGGAUGACAUCAAACAACAAAGCGAACAACAAUUGUAUUGGCAUUCGUAGGCAACACCUUGAAAGGGGGACAACCAAUUAUCAGAACUGCACAAUCGUUAAGAUCCACCGUUGAAUCGCGCGAUGUAAACACCUGCAGUUAUCUUACACCUUCCGUUUCCUCCAUGUUUCACAAUUAAUCGGUUAUAGUUAUGAAUUUCGUAUGCACGAGCUUGAUUCUCGGCUGGCAUCAUUUCGUGAAGUUUGGCACGCGAACAUCCCUUUUGUUUCGUGGUUGGUUAGAUUUAUUUUUCUUGUUAAUCUUUAAGUUUACUUUUGCUCUUACUUUUAAAAAACCACUUCAGGAUUGCGUCAUCGUUCCGACAAAGCAAACUGAUUCAGAUUGCUUUCCGGAUCGGCGAGACAUUGGAGUUAAGAAUUCAAAUUUCAGUUAUAUCUUAUCCACAUUUGUUCGAUCAGCUUCAUUAAAACCAGCGAUUCUCUCACAAACAGUCAUGUUUUUUCGUUGUUGUUUUGCACCACAUAUUUAGGCAAGUUAAAAUUAUUAUAUUAAAAGGAUUGUCAUUCGAUAAGAUACUUCUUCUUGGUAUUCCAUGGAGAAUACCGGGACGCCGACAUCGGAACGAUUGAUGAUCUUAAAAAACUGAGUUUAGUUCAUGCUCUCGUACUUUUGUUGGAAUUUAACCCAAGUAGAUAAUAAGUUAGUACAAUUUUUCGUUUAUUCAAAAAAAUUUGUCUCGUAUGAAAUAAUUUUUGCAUGUAGUCUUGGUUCAAAAUUAUCCACAAUCUUAUAAUUAUUGCAGGAAAAACAUUGAAAGCGAAAUGUAUCGAAACGAUAAAAUUA